AUGGCAGGCGGUGUUGUUCUUCCGUCGGCAACAUCAUCGAAUCGAACAUAUCUCAAAGGUCGUCAACUUGUAUUUCCUUUGUGUUUAGCAAUUUCACUGUUCUUUCUCUGGGGAUUUUCAUAUGGACUACUGGAUGUGUUGAAUAAACAUUUUCAGAAUGUGCUCAAAAUUACACGACUCGAAUCAACUGCACUGCAAAUCGUUUACUUCGGUGGUGGCUACUUUUGUUUCUCGCCAUUCGCUGCGGAAUUGCUCAGACGUAAAGGUUACAAAAUUACCAUCGUCACCGGUUUAGCUCUGUUCGCAAUAGGCGCUAUUUUUUUCUGGCCGACCGCUCAUUAUUCUACUCCCAGCAAUGCUAAACAAGCAUUCGGUGGUUUUAUCGUUUGCACAUUUGUUGCCGCUUGUGGUCUUGCAACACUUGAAACAGCUGCAAAUUCCUAUGCGACAGUAAUUGGCGAUCCAAAGUCAGCUUCAAUGCGUUUACAAUUCUGCCAAUCAUGGAAUGGUGUAGCAUCGUUUAUUGGCCCAUUGAUUGCAUCUCGCUUGUUUUUCUCAGGUGAAAACGCUAGUAAUCUUGACAAUGUCAAAUAUGUCUAUAUCUCUGUUGCUUGUGCGGCAACACUAGUCGCAGUAUUUUUCAUAUUUGCUAAAUUGCCAGAAGUAAUGACAGAUGACGAAGAUUCAACAGCCAAUGGAGCAAAUGAUGAUAAACCAUUAUGGAAACAGUACAACAUGAUCUUUGCAUUCAUUGCGCAAUUUUGUUAUGUUGGUGCUCAGGUGACUGUAGGUUCAUUUUUCAUUAAUUAUGCGACGGAAAAUGCCGAUUUCACGGAUCCACAAGCAUCAAAUCUCUUAUCCUACGCUCUGAUCACAUUUACCGUCGGUCGAUUCGUUGGUACAGCUUUAGCACAUUUCUUUCAAGCUGACUUCAUUCUUCUUGUAUACUCAAUCAUUAGUAUUGCUCUCUCAGCAUACAUUUCAUUUGGUUAUGGCCGUGCAGCUGUAAUCGUUCUUAUUGCAUUGUUCUUCUUUGAAUCUCUCAUGUUUCCUACGAUAUUUGUCUUGGGAACAACGAAUCUCGGUCGACAUACGCGCCGCGGUGCUGGUAUACUCAUCAUGGGCGUAUCCGGAGGAGCAGCAUUUCCACCCAUCCAAGGUGUCAUAGCUGAUAGACAUUCCACUCGAAUUUCUUUUCUUGUUCCUAUGGUUGGUUUUGUAAUUGUUUUAGCCUAUGCUCUCUUUCAUUGGAUUACGCAUGGUUUAAACAUAAGACGUGUAUUACCGGUCAUCCCGAUUGAAUCUAAAUCUCCUGUGACAUACACGAACGAACUAGUAAUUACUACCGAAAACCUUUAA